UUGAAUUUUAUCAGUUCGUCAAUAACAUUAUCUUUCACAAUUUUGACAUUUGCACAACAUGUCAUACUCAAGCAAUUUCAGAAAUGUUUUGGGAAGAAAUGUAUCACCUUCAACAGGAGGCAAUCAGAGGUUCCAGUCUAACUUUGUUGGAAAUCCACACUUUCAAUCAAAUUCCUCAACAAUGGGCUCCUCUGCACAGCCAAGAACUCCAAUGAUCUACCCCCAACAAUUCAUGACAAGGAACCAGCUUCCUGAAUCUGAACCCAUGUCAGAAUGCUCCGAGUUGGCCAUGGCGGGAGUGACAAGAUCACCAUCGACUCCACUCUACCGGACGAUGCCUCAAGCAGGACUUCCUCCCCCUCAGCAGCAAAGAGUCAAUCAGAUGAGGGGACGGGAUCCCCCGUACAAACGACCAGUCUCCGCAUAUUCACUGCCACCUCUAUCCCCCCGCUCUUUGCCACCACCAUCCCCCCGCUCUCUGCCAUCUUUCACCCCCCAUUAUCUGUACCCCCCACCCCCACCCAUGUUCUUCCCCAACUACAAUCCUGACCAGUCCUUCGCAAUGCAGACUGUGGCUUCUACCUCGACAUCUGUGGUACCAGUGCAAAAUUCCACGGCCACGAAAUCCAGCAGCGGUUCCAAGAAAACCCCUUCUAAACCUAAAAUAAGUUCAGUGAGCCGCAAGAGAUUCUUUAUCGGCUCCAUUGAUCAGGUGGUUCGCUGGCACAAGAUGGCCAAGGAGGCACAAUUGCAUACCAUUUACGAAAUAACAGCUGUGUUGGACAGUGUAUCUCUCAGUCCCACUGGGCUAUACAGGAUGAUUCUGCGCAGCGAACAAAGAAACGGGACGUUGCCUUUGCAAGCUAUAUUCUACCCGAUUGACCGAGAACUUCCCAAAAUAAAUGUUGGAGAACUGAUCACCUGCGUAGGUCAGAUGGUGGGCUCCAACAAACUGCAGGUGUACAACAUGUGGCAGGUCACCGAGAGUCUGGCAGGGCUCAAGAGAGUCUCCUUCAUCUGCCAGCGGACACUACACGAGACUCACGACACAGUCACAAAGUCUUAGACACUAGUCAACACGAGUAGCAGUAGGUUUAGACAGGUAGUUCUAUAGCAGUAAGUUUUCCUCCCCCCACAAAAUUGUUUGUAGGAAAAAUUAAGUUUAUAGUAAGUCUUAAGUUUGCUUUCAUUAGCUGAUACUAUUUUUAGUACUUGAGACCUCUUUUGAAUUUGCAAUAAUUUACAGUAAUUUUUACUUAAAAUAUUUUCCUGCAUCAUUACUAAUUAUUAAAUUAGUCAAUACUGAAAAUGAAACUAGUAAUAAUAAGUGUAACCAAAAUCUGUCACAAGAUAGAUUAUUCAAUUGCCAUUUGAAUAAUAUUUAUGAAUAAAACUUUCAGUGAGCUCAAUAAAUAAUACUAGCAAUAAUUCCUUCUGUAGUUUAUCGGAUAAUAGAUUGAUACAAAUUUACUUAAUUUAUCUAAAUGAUGCCUCAAUUUUUGUUUUAUGUUUAGUAUGUUGUACUUUUGUCACUGAUUAAAUUAAUUAAUCUAUUGUGAACAAUGUUUGUGCAAUUAAACAAAUGAUUAAAUUUAAUUAGUACUCUUGUAAAUGUAGGGAAUUGUGCUUGUCAUUAGUAUUAAGACUGAAGAAUGUAAUAAUAUUACUUACAAUUUAAUAUGUUAAGUUUGUUAAAUACCAAAAAUUAUUUUAGAUUAUUAAUAUAUAUUAACUAUAUUCUGUUAUUUUGUAAGAAAUAAUAGUCAAUUGUCUCCAU